AUGGCGCAUAAAGUAAAGAACAACCACUACGUGGCGACGCACAGGUCUGGAGUGGAUUCUCCUUCAUCUGGCGUCUAUGGACACAGGGCUUCGUCAAGGGAUGAAAAUGAUAGUCAUCGGGCGCCAUCAGAAAGGACAGUAUCAGAGUAUACGACAAUGGACGAGAGGACGAGAUCGCCCCCUGGGGAGCACAGAAACGGUCGGCGGCAUCCUCAAACCAAUGGAUCACCCAGGGUAGGAGACUCUGGUUCGGAGGUAUACGUCACCAGCGCAGCCUACAGACCACCUUCCGAAAUCAGCCGACAGUCACGCGCGCCACGAAGCGUUUACUCGUAUAGAAGUGCUGUGGCGCCAUCUGUUGCGUCUACACACAGAUCCAAAGUCUCCAGAAAGGCAGGAGUGAAAGUAGACGCAAUGGCUGCUCCAAACCCUUUUUGUCCUAACGUAAAGGGCAUGUGCUGCUUGAUGCUGCUGCUGAACCUGGGUCUUAUCCUCGUGACCCUGGGAUUUGUCAUCGUGCUGCAGUUCUUCGAGCCACUGUUUGUUUGGAUACUAGGCAUCGUUUUCCUGAUAUUCGGCUUUAUCACACUAGUGGGGAGCCUCAUAUAUUGCGUGGUGUUAUGCCGAGAGAAUCCAUAUCCCCGUUACCCAGACGACUUUUACUGGACCCACCAUUGGUCUAAGACUAUUGGACCCUCCGAGAUACACUACAGCGCUAGUGAAAAACAGUAUGUCAAGAACGGCCAUAGUGACCGAUAUAAUAAUAAAUAUAAUGGGAAAUACUCUGAUAGGGAGAGUGCUAAAGGAUACUCUGAUAGAGAAAGCAAGCUCAGUCGAUACUGA